AUGUCUCAAAAUGCUUCAACUGUUAGGGUUUCACUAUUUUGGGAUGGAGAAAUCGUUGAGGAUAAUUACUCUGUUCGUUAUAGUAUCCGACCAAAAGCCUAUGUUAAAUUUCCAACAACUACAAAUUAUGAAACACUAUGUGACGAUGAAAUACCUAAUAAUGCAGAGGUAACCGAUGAUGAAGAUGAUGAUGAUGUUCAAGUUGGUCAUGAUGAUGCAUUUGUCUUCACAAGAGAAGAUGAUUGUAGUCGCCUAAAAACCUGGAUUGAACCAAAGGAUCUCAACAGAGAUCAAUGCUACCUUGCAAUAGGAAUGAUGUUCGCAUCCAAAAAGGCGUUGCAACAGGCUGUCAAAAUUUAUUGUAUUAAGGAAAUGAGGGAUUUUAAGGUUGAUCAGUCAAGAACAAAGAUAUGGAGGCUAGUUUGUAGACGACGGUAUCAAAAAGGUCAGCGUAGUUACUUGAGGGAAUUGUUAAGCUCGAUGGUAUGCGGGCUAUCAGCUAUCGCCAAAGGCACUUAUGAUAUGGAAGACAAUCGAGCAGAUCAUUAUAAUUUAGAUACAAACAUGAUCGCUCAAGUGUUGUUUAAAGACGUUGUCGAAACACCAAGGAUCCCCAUCAAAGAUUGCAUUAGAAACGUUCAAACUAUAUAUGGUAAAACUAUAAGUAAGAGAAAGGGAUUUCUUGGGCGUAGACGCGCUUUUGAGAUGAUCUUUGGAAAUUGGCAUACCUCUUUUCAAUCGCUGCCAAGGUAUAUAGCGGCUCUACAAAAUUUUAAUGUUGGUACUGUUGUAGAGUGGCAGCUUAUAGAGGGUAAAAUUUUCAAAUUUGUAUUUUGGACAUUCAAGCCAUAUAUUGAUGGGUUUGCUCACUACCAGCUAGUGAUAUCCAUAGAUGGCACGCAUGUAUAUGGUGCAUAUGACAUCAAACUCCUAAUUGCAGUAGGAAUGGAUGUCAAUGGGUCAAUAUUCCCUCUUUCUUUCGCAAUUGCCGCUAACGAGAGAAACAACACAUGGGGGAUCUUUUUGACUCAUUUGAAGACUCAUGUUAUUAAGGAUCGUAGGGGCAUAUGUGUGUUGUCUGAUCGUCAUAAAGGCAUAUUGCACAAUAUGGAUAAUUUGCCGGGGUGGCAGCCUUACCUUGUUUACCAUCGCUAUUGCUUAAUGCACUUGAAGGCAAAUUUGCAAUCAAAGUUUCACAAUGGCACUCCUAAACAAAUUGAUGUGCAAUGCUAA